AUGCUGUUGACACUUACUCAUAUCCAAAAAGAUGACAGCUCGGUUCCACUAUUGCCUUACGCUGCAGGAUGUUUUCUUGCCAGUCUAUUGUUGACCAUUUCUGGAAUAGCUGAAACACAUCCUCAUGCUCUUGCCUUGGCCACUUAUUUGAUCCAAUGUGGAUGGCUUCUUUUACAUAUUCAGGGUGUCUCUUUGGUCCAAAAGUUUGGAACACCAUCCCAAUGCAGGACACUCUUCAACAUCUGGUUAGUAAUGACGCAACUCUUGGAUGUGCAUCGAUUGUUUUUCACAAAAUUUUCAACCAGUCUGAAAGGAGAAGUAGGAUUGACUGCGCCCUCGGCAGCAACAGCAGCCUAUAAGGCUUGUAAAACAACAACGACACUGAAUAUUUCGAUCGACCCAGAUCUGAUGGCAAAUCUUGGUCCUAUUAUAAGCGCAGAUUCCAGUAGCAUCAAAGCUUUUGGACAUGCGCAUGUAGGAGAAAACAAUCCAUUGCUGAAUAUUCGAGCAUUUUACGCAACGAUGUUAUGUAGCUCUUGGCCAGUAGCGUGCGAAGUGGAAGUUUUCAAAUUUAUCAUUCGGAACAUUUCUUUCUCAUCAAGUUUGGUAGCAACAACAACAGCAACGGCAGCAGCAGCAGCAGUCGUGCCAAUGUCGAUAACGGAGGGUGCUGUGGACAUGCGCGAGAUGGAAUGUCUUGUGUUAUUUGAAAUCAUAGGGGGUAUGGGGGUGAGUUUGAUCAUGUGUCUUGCCUGGCUGGUCAUGGUCGCCCGAGAGUACGAUCCUGAAGGAUCAAAGUCAAGAGCAAUUAUGCGCCGCCUGAUAGGUACACGGCUCCAACGGAUUAACAAAGCCAUCAAGAGACAGGCGCAAGACAAGCGCGUACAAGUUGAGGCCAAGAUCAAUUCAUUCAUAGACAGCCCCAAGUUUAGAGUUGAAUGA